AUUUUUGCAAGUUGCGUUUUUAGUUUCUAGCGGUCGAAGCGAUCACGCCAGUCGCCGAACAUCCGGAAGAGGAGAAGACGCUUUCAGAUUAGCCAUGGGUAAGGUUCACGGAUCUUUGGCUCGUGCCGGUAAGGUGAGAGGCCAGACUCCGAAGGUUGCCAAACAGGACAAGAAGAAGAAGCCACGAGGACGUGCUCACAAACGGAUGCAAUACAAUCGUCGAUUCGUCACUGCCGUCGUUGGCUUCGGCAAGAAGAGAGGACCUAACUCGUCAGAGAAGUAAGAGUCUCAAUAAUUCGGCAUAACAGCCAUUCUUUCAUGUUAUUUAAUAUUUUUGUUAGUUCUUCCUUGAUGUGUUCACUCUUGCAUUGAUCUGGACAAUGAUAGCAUUCAGAAGGUUUUUGUUUAGUCACUACAUGUAUCUUUUACGUCUUAAGUUUUGACGUUUCGCAAUGAGAUGAGUUUGUUAAGUCUUUGUUAA